AUGGAAAAUUUGGUGCUCAAUGGCAUGGUUGCUGAAUCAGAAACUUAUAUGGCUUUGGGUUUAUUAGAUGGAGGGGUUUCAGGAACUCCGCGGGUACUGCUGCUUAUCGCGUCUGUUCUUGAAAAAUCCGUUCAAAAGAACGAAAAGCUGUUAAAUGCAUCAAGAAGAAAAGAUACUGUCACCCUCUUUCAUGGUUCAAGAUCCCCCAGCUUGAGCAUUGGAGAGUAUAUGGAACGCAUAUUCAAGUACUCGAGAUGCAGUUCUUCUUGCUUUGUUGUUGCCUACAUAUAUAUCAACAAAUUCCUUCAACGAACGGAUGCCUAUCUUACUUCCCUAAACGCUCACCGUCUUUUGAUUUCAAGCAUCAUGGUAGCUGCAAAAUUUUUGGAUGAUGUGCUUACUAAAACAACAUUGAUCACCACUACACUCAAUCUUGCAGGUGUUAUGACAACGCCUAUUACGCCAGAAUUGGAGGGGUAA